UUCUUAUUUUCCUCUCUCCAAUUUCUUCCCCUCCUUUCAACUUUUUUCUUUUUUUUUCUCUUUCUAAAUAUGUACACACCAUUUUCUUUUAACACUUCACAAAAUUAUUUGUGAAGCAAUGAAAUUGUGUAUUUAGCACUUUUACUUCCUCUUCUUAAUUUUCUUUAAUUAUGGGAUUAGAAGUGGAGGAAUUAAUUGAAAAGGAGAAAUAUGGAGUAUUAUUUGAUCUUAAAAAAUAAUAAUAAUUGAACUUUCAAUUCAAGAAAGAAACUACAAUCAUCAUGAAGAGAGUUCGUAGCAAUGAUUCAUUGAGUGCACCAUUGAUUUCCAUGUGUCAAAAUACUACAGACGAACACAACAAUUGGAACAAUCAAGUUUACUUUCAAUCCAUGUUAGAAGGGUUAGAUGAUGAUGAAGCUACCUGUGUUGAAGAAUCCGGCGUUGGAUCGGAGAAAAAGCGUAGGUUAAGAGUGGAUCAAGUGAAGGCAUUGGAGAGGAAUUUUGAAGUAGAUAACAAGCUUGAACCUGAAAGGAAAGUGAAAUUAGCUCAAGAACUAGGGCUUCAACCGCGACAAGUGGCGAUUUGGUUUCAAAAUCGCCGUGCGCGGUGGAAGACGAAGCAAUUGGAGAGAGAUUACAAUGUUCUUAAAGCAAAUUUUGAUUCACUCAAACAUAAAUAUGAAGCUCUCCAACAUGACAAUGAAGCUCUCUUCAAAGAGAUUAGUGAGCUAAAAUCAAAGGUACAUGGAGGAAACAAUGAAAGCAAAAUUGCUGUGAAAGAAGAGGCUAUAGAGUCAGAAUCAGAUGACAAAGAAAUUGAACAAAUCAACAACCAAUACAACAAUUCUAAUACAGAGCUCAACUUUGAUAGAAUUAUUAUGAAUCCCUCAAUUAUUUUUACUGAUUUCAAAGAUGGCUCAUCAGAUAGUGACUCGAGUGCAAUCUUAAACGAAGAUAACAAUGGCAGCAGCCCAAACGCCGCUGUCAUUUCAUCUUCCGGAGCUUUGUUGAUUAAUUCAGGAUCAGGGUCAGGGUCAUCGUCCCCGGAUUCUAAUUCCUCAUUGAAUUGCUUCCAAUUCUUGGAAUCAAAUCCGAAAUCAAUUCUUGAAAAUGAGGUUAAUUUUAGUUCGUCGCAGUUUGUGAAAUUGGAAGAGCACAAUUUUUUCAGUGGCGAAGAAUCUUGCAGUACUCUGUUGUUCACAGAUGAACAAGCUCCCACGCUUCAUUGGUAUUGCCCGGAUGAUUGGAAUUGAAAAGGCUCCUUAAAAGAAAUUUUUGUAUAGUUGAGGUAAUGCAAGGGGUACGGUAAGUGGCAGAGUGAUUUUGCUGUCAUGAUUCAUCGAGAUUUAGUUUCAAGAAUAAAAAUGAGGAGGCGGGGUAUUUCACAUGGGCUACCGUAUACAGGUUGGGUGGUUGGGGGACGUGGGAAAGCGUGUGAGUUUGUGUAAAAGUUUGGCAUUUUGCAUUGUACUUUGAAAUCUUACACAAUUCUGUGUUUUUUACUGAGGUGGCGUGGGGGUGGGGUUGGAGGGUCAUGAGAAUCUAUGAUGAUGAUGUAAAAGAAAAACUUUCCUUGUAAUGGUAAAUAAAGGUGGUGACUAGCUAAAAGUA